UUUAUUUCAUUGCGUUGACUAAAUUUCAAUUUUCAUCGUAAUUUGCUCAGUGAUGGACGUAACAAAUUGUUAAAGUUCUUUUGAAUCUUUGAAUAAGCCUUGUUUCUAUGAUAUAAUUUUUUGGAAAAUUAUUACUCCCGGACAGUUUCUAAACUUUGUACAGUCAGCUGAGUUUGACAAGAAAAAUUGAUUUGUCAGCUCAGUACAAAUCUUCUCACAAAACCAUUUCAAAUGUUCAAAACAUAGCGCAUUUUUUGAUUAAAUCACAGUGUACCUGUACUAAACUGGUUUAUAUGAUUUAUUUUGCGCUGUAAAAUGUAAAUCUACACUAACAGAAUACAAAAUGUUGUCAAGCCGUGCUACUCUGGCCUGUAGAUCCAACGUAAUAUUUAUAUCAAAACAUGCAAGUACAACACCAGAUGUGAAGUCGAAGUUGAUACAACCUCCAAAUCCUAAUAAAAUAACAAGUGAUAUGGUUGGUCCACCUGACCCUGUAUCUAAUCUUAGAAGAAUCAUAUUUAGGAAGCCAGCGAAAGAAACUAGUCUUGAACGGAAAUAUAGAAAGCUAAGAAGCGAAGUACAGGAAUGGAACCAAGUUUUUUGGACACAACACAAUUCAAGGUUCUUCAAGGAGAGAGAAGCAUACCUAAAAAGCAACCUCCCCGAAGGCAAGAGCAAUCUUACAGCUGAUGAAAUGAGCAUAUUUUAUAAAGCUUUCUUGGAUAAAAACUGGAGAACCCAUCUUGAUUACAAUAAGGAGUGGUACAAAAAGAAUGUUGCCUUAUUAUUACUUGCAUUAGAAGUUAAAUUUAGGAAAUUGUUUAGAAUAAAAGAAAAAUAAAAUAA